UGAAGCAUUCUGUUGCUGGCCGCAUGCCCUAAACAGAGACUUUCCCCUUCUACCUUAAAAGAAGGGCUUGGCAAAAUGCAGUAAUGAAGUACUUCUCUUAAUCCCAGGGGAACUUUAUAUAGGGUUAUUUAGCCACAUGGCUACAGACUGCAGCAAGAAAUGCUCACACAUUUAUCUGUGACACAGAGAACUUUCAGUCGGCACCUUGAAAACUUUCUUUAACAGAGACACCGAACCUCUGUAGAGUACAGUGCAUUUGAAAUUGUGAAGUUUAUAAAGGUCAUCUGAGGACUAGAUUAACACAACAAACAUAUCAAGAAACGUCUAUUUAAUUUACAUUUUUUGGCUGAAAAAAAAAACUACCAGAAUGUCAGAUAAAGAAACAACAGAUAGUGGACUGGAAGUAAUCCUAACAACACUUCAGACAUCCAGUGACAAAGAGACAAUUCAAAGCAUCAUUUCCAUUCUGAAUGAACUGCUCUCUAUGGGUACAGAACGGAGGAUUCAUUACGUGAUUUCAAAAGGAGGAAGUGAGGCACUUCUACAGGCACUAGUGAAUUCAUCACAUAAAUAUUUACUCAGUGGUAAUAGCCUUCAAACCCUUCUGCACCUUUUAGUAAAAGUUGGGCAAAAAGACAAAAUGAUUGGCCGGAAAGCAAAGAAGACGCAAGCAACUAUUACGAUUUUGAAUUUAGUUAGAAAAAACAUGGCUAAUCCCAGAACCCUGACACCGUGUCUCUGGAUUGUACAAAUGUUUGCUGGCAGUGUAACAGCAGGUGGCAUUCUGGGAAGAAAUGGUGCCACUGAACUUAUUUACAAGCUUCUAGUUCCUUUUACCGCAGAACAUACACGCGUCAUCAGGGCAGCAGCUGAAGCCUUUGCAGCCUUGAUGAAAUCGGUUUCGAAUAGUAAAAGAGCUGUCACCAGAGGUUAUGUCCAAGGCCUUCUGAGACUGUAUCAAAACUGGCAUUCCUAUGAUAUCCAGCAUAAGUAUGUUCAUAUCCGAAGAGCCUUUCUGCGCUGUCUUGAUAAUAUAGCCAACACCAAAAGUGGGAGACAAAUAUUUUGGGAGAAUGCUGGAAUGGAAAUUCUGUUCCACAUCACACAGAGCUGUGCUUCAAAUCAGAGUCUGAAGUCCAUCCUCAAUGCAUCUGUGCAAAUCAUGAGAAAAUGUUAUCCCAGGUCAGCACUUCCCACAGAUGUUAUUCAAAGCGCUUAUAACUUUCCAGUUCCUGGAGGAGCUCACCCUACAAGGACAUGUAGCUUACCACCAGAUAACCUGGAUGAUGACAGUGAGGAGGAUGUGGACAGUGAGCUUGAGAAUGUAGAUGUAGAAGAUGAUGACUUAGAAACAGAUGUUGAAAAACUGAAGACUAAGCCAGACCCCGACCGGCCCCGGGAAUUACUACAAUCAUACAAAAAAUUCUGUCCAGAACUAUUUGAUGAUUUUCAAGAUUCUGAUUCAGAAUCCUUUGACAGAAACUGUACCAAAGCUGAGUGCUCAAGUAAACCAACUGGCUGUUGUGAAGUAAUUUUGAAUUCACACAUUAGGAAGGGUUAUUACAAAGAAGGAGACCAACGUGCACUGGGUUCAAAGACACCAGAGAGCUUUCAGCAGUGUCAUUUGUCUUGUCCUGUAGAUGCUAUUGACAAUUACACUAAGAGGAAUGGCUUGAGCUGUAGUACAAAGGAGUCUGGCUUCAGACCCAGGAAUGGACCAAAUCAAACAAUGGACUCUCUUAUGUCUGCAACUUUUGAAUCAAAUAGUACAUGUACUUCUGUUUAUCAAUCUGGAAAGCAACUGGACACAUGCUCCUUUCACUCCAGAACUGACUGUAUUGAUUCCACAUACCAUUCACAGUCUAGUUUUAGUGACAAAAGAGAAACCCAUGACACUGUCCUUCGUCUAUUGGAAAGACACAAUGAAGACAUACCAUUUCAUGACCCAAGCACUUAUAUUGCAACAGCAAGAAAAACAGCGUCUGUGCAAGAUUACAAUGUUUUAGCUUUCCCAGAUUUCUGGGGUAUCAUUCCAGCACCAUACCAGCAGCCAAUGACAGAGCAGAAGUAUGGCACUCUAAGGGACAAAAUAUUUCAGGAUGUACAACGUCUUCUGAAAAAGGAUGAUAUUUUAAACAGAUUAGUAUUUGAUCUUCAGGAAUCAAGUCUUUUGGAAUCUGUAGAAGAAAUUGAUACCUUGAAAUUCUUCUCCAAGUUUGAGUCAGGAAACCUCCGAAGAGCUAUUCAAGUACGGAGGUAUGAGUAUGACUUGAUUUUGAACUCUGAUGUGAACAAUAUUCAUCACCAUCAGUGGUUUUAUUUUGAGAUAAGUGGUAUGAAAGCUGGAGUACCUUAUCGUUUUAACAUUAUCAACUGUGAAAAAGCCAACAGUCAGUUUAACUAUGGUAUGCAGCCAGUCUUGUAUUCUGUCUGUGAAGCUCUUCAGGGUCGGCCAUAUUGGCAGCGAGUUGGUGACAACAUAUGCUACUACAGAAACUCGUAUGUCUAUACAGUGGAAACACCCGAAGGAAGCUGUGAAAAACCUUAUUUCACAUUAACAUUCAAUAUCCAAUUUCCUCACACUGACGAUGUCUGCUACCUUGCCUACCACUUCCCUUAUACGUACUCGACACUUAUGACUCAUCUUCAUUUACUGGGAAAAUCAGUAAAGCAAAAGAAAGUAUACUUCAGGAACCAGUCGCUCUGUAACACCCUGGGAGGAAAUCCAUGUCCUCUUGUUACAAUAACAGCUCUGCCAAAGUUGAAGUCCCAGCAAAAUGUACAUCAGUUCCGUAAUCGCCCUUACUUGGUUUUGACUGCUCGUGUUCACCCUGGAGAAAGCAAUGCAAGUUGGAUAAUGAAAGGAACUUUGGAAUUUCUGUUAAGUGAUGACCCAGCUGCUGAGUUAUUAAGAGAGAUGUAUAUAAUCAAAGUCAUUCCCAUGCUCAACCCAGAUGGAGUCAUCAAUGGCAAUCACAGAAGCUCUCUGACCGGUGAAGAUCUGAACAGGCAGUGGUCUCAGCCCAGUCCAACUCUUCAUCCUACUGUUUACCACUUGAAAGGACUCUUACAUUACCUUAACAGCAUCCGAAGGACACCUCUUGUGUUCUGCGACUACCAUGGCCAUUCCAGGAAGAAGAAUGUCUUCAUGUAUGGUUGCAGCAUUAAGGAAACCUUAUGGCAGUCGGGGUCAUCCAUAAACACUGCCUCACUGAAGGAGGACAUUGGCUAUCGGACACUUCCCAAGGUCCUCAGUAAGGUGGCUCCUGCGUUUGUACUCAGCAGUUGCAGUUUUCAGGUGGAAAAGUCAAGAGAAUCAACAGCAAGAGUUGUGGUAUGGCGGGAGAUUGGAGUCCUUCGCAGCUACACCAUGGAGAGUAGCUACUGUGGCAGUGACCAAGGAAAAUAUAAGGGCCUCCAGUUUGGCAUCAAGGAGUUGCAAGAAAUGGGGGCUAAAUUGUGCAUUGGACUGCUACUGCUAAAUAAGAAUUCCUUGCCCUAUAAUAAGGCAGUAUUUCCUCAGAUGAUGAAGUUACUGACAUUGGAGGAUGACAUCCUGGAUCACAGGUCAUUCAGCAAUGAAUACAUAGAAGAAGAACCCCCGUGCCCUGAGGAAAUUGAUUUCAAUAGCUGUUUCAUUUAUGAAGAAGAAUUUGCAGACAUAGAAGAGGAACUUGAGGAAAGUUCAUCUGACUCUGAAGACACGGAAACAACUUCUGAGCUACAAGCAUCUUCAGAUUAGAUUUUUAACAUCCUCAUGACUGGUUGCUGUGUUCAUGUAGGUACUUCCUGAGAAAUGGCAGAAUGCACUUUGUAUUAUUUAUGUAGUCUUUUAGGAGCUUAUGCAGUAUACAGACUGGCUAACCAGGUGUCAAUUGCACAAUUCUGUAAGUCUCUGUAUUGGACAAACUAUGUAAAUUUCAAGUAUUUUUGCAAGGAAAACAUUCAUUUGCUAGGACUGUAAACUGUCUUGUAAAUAAGCAAUACUGUUUUUUUUUGCCCCUGUUGUUUAAACUACAACAUAGUUGCACUAUUAAUGAAUAUAUUAUUAAUGUUUUUUUUUUUCUUUUGUCUGUGCCCUUAUAUUUGCUUUUAUAACAGCAUGUCAAAAGUUACAGAAAUUUUGCUACUCCUUUAUGGAUUUAACUUGCUUUCCUUAGUAUUUAUGUGUCAGUUUUGGGCAUUUAACUCCUCUAUGAAUAUUCCUUUUCAGAGUAAUUAAUAAUUUCAUAACUGUUGAAAAUAUCAUGGCUUUUUCAACCAACAGCUCGUUCUAAAUCUAUGUAUGGAAAGGAGGAGAUGAGAGUGCAGUCUUCCACAUAGACACAAAGUCCUCAAGUGUUUUAAAUUUGUUAAACCUGCAUUUCUGUUUUCUUCUGGUCUGAGAAAAUAUUUAUGCCAUUUGGCUGUGUCUCUAUACAGUUUUGAAUAGCAGUAGUAGUCAGUCUUCCAUGGCUUAUAGUAUACUGAUUUUGCCAAAGCAAAAUUUCCUUUAAUUUCUUUUUUUAUGAAUGGCUUUUAUUUUUAGCUAUAGCUAACAGCUAUGCCACCUUUAAAAAUAAACAUUGAAAUAAGGUCUGGUGAUCAGCUGUACAUCAUAUGAGUAAAUCUAAAUAAAUAUUCUUUA